UGAACGCGGCAGAUGUACAUAUUGUAACGGCGAGUCAUUUUCUUAUUGCGUCACCAGAAAGCGUCACAUUCUCAAAAACCGUUUGGUUUAUUGUGUUUAUUUAGGGUGGAUGUGCCCCGGCUGCCAUCGACCCUCAAAAUGACCAAAUUACAGUUUUUAAAUGUAUUUUUGACCGAACGUUUGAUGUUAGCCGCCCAAGAGAUAUAUAAGCAAGUGGAAGAGACAAUAUUAGAAUACCAAGAAGAAAUAAUCCAGGGAAAGAGAGAGAAUGAUCAAUUGAGACGCAAGUUUGGGAUUCCAUGGCCAGACCGAGAGCCCUUUGCUCCUGUAGAAUCUGAGGAGGAGGGAGGCAUUGGGCAAAAGCAGGAACCAGAGCCAAGGCAGACUAUGGAGAAACAGGAGGGAAGGACCAGGAAGGAGGAAAAUCAGUUUAGAGGACCAGACUCUCAGUCUAUAUUCACUCCUUCCAAUGGAAAUGAUGACUAUGAUCAGAACCCACCUCAACACACCUCACUCAGUCAGUUCCAAAAUCUCACCGGGGAGAGUAGAGAGGGUGGCUCUCUGUCCAGCUCAUCAACAUCCAAACCAAUCAAAACAGAGACUGAAGGACUGGGUGUUUGUCCAUUUGAUCCGUCAAGUGACCCCAAUACAUUCUCUUCGUCAGUGAACCUUGACCUUUCGGCAGCACAUAGUGAGAACAGUGACUAUGAAAACACGGAUGACUUCUGGUGCUGUGCGGUGUGGAGGGAAGGCCAGGAGGAGGUGGAGGGUGUGGUUCCCAGUACCUGGGUGGUGGGAAGGAAGGUCCUGUGGCCUCCAGCCCAUGGGAGGAAGGCUCUGAAAGAGAGACACAAGCCAGGAGCCAAUUGGACGACAUAUGACCUUGUUAAGGUCAAACUAUUCUCAGAAUCUCUGGAAGAGUGUGAAGGCUACAGUAGGUCCAGUGAUGAGCUCACUGACAACGGAGACAGUGAGCCCAACACACAAAAGAAGAAGAGGAGGAGGAGGAAGAGGAGGACGGGUGAGGGGCACGUUACCGGCACUGAUCAGAUACCUCAAGGAGGACCCAGUGGAGAUGGAAGGAUACACACAGGUGUGUCAGGAUCCUCAAACUCUCCUCCUCUGAAGAGGAGAGCGAUGACGAAAUCUGGAACCCUGGAGGAGAGUUCUGGAGCUCUAGAAGCAGAACCUCAGCUGGAUCCGUCUGAGCUCAGAGGCCUUGACGACACACUCAACAAGGAGAGCUACCUCAUAGAGGGACCACACUCUUCUGACGCAUGGGAUUCUGUUUUUCCAACCUCUCAGUCCAGAGAGGGAACAUUCCUAAGUGGACAGGAUAUGAUGGGAAACCUGCUGAAUUCAACCCAAAGUUUUCCUCUUCCAAAUGACCAGUUCCAGGAGCAGGUCCUGGGUCUGCUGGUGGACAUCAGACAGUCAGUGUGGGAUCUAGGAGGAAGGGUGGGAGUUCUAGAACACUGGGGUGGUUCUAGGGGUUCUGGAACAGAUUUCCAUUUUGACGUGUGCAGAACCUACGAGGACAUGGCCAACCUGGAGAAAGUUCUAGAGCCUCCUGAGGUAGCUGCCCAGAUGAAACAGUUCCUGAGCAGGAUCGGUGGGAACACCUUGAGGGAAAAUGUCACCAGGGUGAUGGAGAGGUGGGUACUGGACACACACACACACACUUUUGGAAUGCUGAAAUACGGACUCUGUUCUCUUCUUAGGCUGAUGACCAAUGAAUUGAUGAGUACCUUCAACAUGAAAGGAAGGAAAGGAACCAAGAAGAGUUUUCUCACACACUCCCUCAGUAAAAUCAUUAUUGACAGCAUCAUGAUCACCCACCCGUACGCCACAGAGUCUGCUGUGAUGCACCUGAUGGCCAACGUACUGAAGUACGCCCCAGACCGACGCGGAGGAGGAGGCAGACCCCCCAGACAGUCACCCCAGGUCCCCCAUACCCAGAGACAGCAACACAUCCAACAACACAUCAACAUCAAACAGGAGCAAGACUAUUAAUGCCUGGACACCUUCCUUCUAGCCUGCGUACCAGUCUGUUUGUGCUAUUAUUGUCAUGCCAAAGAGUGGGAUGAUAGCACAGACUGGUACCCAGGCUACCUUCCUACUCUACCUGGGUCAUAUUCACUAGUAGUCACCAAACCAGUGUUAAUUUCGUCAACAAAAAUAGUGACUAAAAUAUUCAGCAAGCACCUAUUUUUCAGUGGCAAUUGACAAGACUAUAACUAAAUAAAUAGGCCCAGAAAAAGAACUAGAAAUAAACUAAAAUUAUAUUUCAUUCCAGUUGACUAAAACUGAACGAGAAUAUAUGAUCUGACUAAAAUCAGAUAAGUGGACUGGACAAUAGUUUUUGGAGAUAUUGAGAGCUUUUCUGUGAUAAGCACAAUUAAUAUUAGCAGUGGGUAGGACUUGCCACAUCACCUGGUGAGCUGGGGGGGGGGAGCAAGCGAUGAGUGUGGACAGACCAGCUCCACUCUGCCUUCGAUUAUACACAUUGCUCAGGCGACUCUCUUGCUUCCUCGUAGCUAACCAGUCACCACCAGCCUUCUGGGUAGCUACCCGUUGUCUGGUUAAGAAACACAAGCUGCUUUAUGAAAUGAAAAACAAUAGCAGCGUUGAGUUUAAUAGUAAGACAACAGUCUAGCUCCCUUGAGUUUAGAAAAGUAGGCUGUCUUUGGUAUUUGUAGUCUCGCUCAACCCUCCCACUUUCCCCACUGCAUUUCAUAGCCAGGUUCUGUAGCUAAGACUCCCUCUUUUCCUCAGAGAAAAUGGCUUGAGAGAUUACCUUUCAAAAGAUAUGAGUCAUAAUACUUGGACAAGGACUCGCUGGGUCUCGGGAGUCCAGCCACAGGGACUUGAACUUGAGCACAGAGGACUUGGGACUCGAUUGGGAUUUGAGGUUUAAUGACUUGACUACAUCACUGGGUGAAAUGGUCAUUUAACCCCCCCCCCUUCUACUUCCUGACAUCAGUGUGGCAUCUGGGAAAUGGUGAGAACAAUGAUGUGACGGAGGUGCAACCCACACUACUGUGUCAAUACGUGAUAGUACCUCGCCCCCUCCCUUUCUCUCCUCCCACCAUCCCCCCUGCGCUUGUGUGUCUGUUUGUUUUUUAUGUAAUGUAUAAUAUCUAUGUAGGCUGAAUUAGGAAUUUACAUGGCCCGUUAAUACUUAGAUAUGUUUAUCAUAUUUCUGCUGCUGGGAAGACAAUAGGAUGUUAUGCAGAAAAAUGUUUGUAGGACAAGGCUAUGUAUGUUUAUGCACAUGGGAGUCUGAUUUAUGUUUACUAUGUGUUAAUGAGGCAAUACAAAUGUGAUGUGACUAAAGGGCAUUUAGUUGACAAGAAAAACUAUACUAAAUCAUUAUUCAAAUAACAAAAAUGUGAGUGAAACUUAAUUAUAAUUUAGUCAAACUGACUAAGAUUAGUCUAAAUCUAAAAAAUAGUGCCAAAAUUAAUACUGUACCAAACGGACUGAAACGGGUACUGCCUGGUCCCAGAUCAGUUUGUGUUCUUGACAAGCCCAUCGCUAUCAUUGUCAAGCCAAACAUGAAAAUUGCAUAAGAAGAUUGCAAGAGAGCAGACACAAGACUGGCAUUGCAUCCAGGCUAACGCCUACUGUACUGUAGGCUGAUGUACCCUCAGCCACCUUCCGCUUUAAUGUUUCACAUUUAUUAUACAUGCACUGUAUCAUCAUUUAUUUGCCUUUUUGAAUUUAAUAUUGAAUUUAGGAUUAAUUUAAGCGGUUUUUAAGUUAUGAAAAUUAAUUUUUGGAAUGAAUGAUUGGAAGUAGUAUUUUAUAAUGUACAAAGCCUUGACUUCUGGUUCUAAAUAAAAUGCAUGCCUUGAGUUAGCCACCGUGUGGUAUGUGGUUUAAAUAUAUUUGGUGAAAGGGAAAAAUGUGUGCAGGUAGUAUAAUGCAUAAUAAAGUAGACGAUAACAUGAUUGUAUAUCAAAGAGAUUACAAUUGAAAGUUAUGUAGUUUGCUGCAUAUUUAUUCAUGUUUACUGAGAUAAGAUAUACUCGCUUUCUUUGAAGAUAUGAUACAUAUUCUGCUCAUAGAAAUCGAUAAAGAUUAAAGAUCAAGUAUAAGUUCUUCCAUUUCUAUGGUAGACGCGCCGAUAAGUGUCUGGCGCGCUGACGUCAUUUCCGUAGAGUGCAACGUGCAUGUUUGACAACAAGCUCUACGUGGAUUUCGGGAAGAUCUUUUGCCCCUAAAAUCGUCCAACGAUGACUAAAUUACAAUAUCUGAAUGUGUAUCUGACUGAGCGUCUCAUGCAAGCUGCUGGGGAAAUACUAAGAGUUGUAGCAGACACAAUAUCCGAGUACCAGGAAGAAAUAUCCCGGACAAAGAGAGAGAACAAAUACCUGAAACGACAACUGAACACACCGGUUCUAUCGCUGGCCCCUCAGCCCAUACUGUCUUGUGUCUCGGAGCAGCAAAGUCCACCUGAGCAGCAGUACUGUGAGGAGUCGAGCCCCAGUCUGGGCCAGGAGGACCUUGAGACCACACAGAUUAAAGAGGAACAGGGUGAACUCGGGACCAGUCAGGAGGAAGAGCAGCUUCAAGUACCGGAGUCUGAUACCAAAGAAGACUCCAUAUCUACUCUUCCCUGUGUGAAAAAUGAUGAGGACCGACCUCAGCCUUCACAUCUUUCCAGAACCGAAACUGUGGAGAACAGAGUCAGGGAGUCUCUACUGACCAACACAACUGGACAGAUCAAAACAGAACCUGAUGGCUAUGGAGUAUCACUAUCAGAACCAACCAGUGACUCCCCUCAGUCUCAGCCCGUCUCUGAAGUAAGUCCAGACUCUUCUAGAACACAAAGUCAGAACACUGAGAACACAGAAAGUGUUCCUAUUGUUCUGAGAGAUCUAGAAAGGAGACCAGAGGAGGAUACAGACACACACUCAUGUACUCAGUGUGGAGCUGUGUUCUGUGAGCUAUCCCAACUGGAGGCACACAUGCCAUCCCACACAGUACCACACAGUGGUGACACUAGUCACAGGCAAAUCAUGUGCACAGUCUGUUGGAAGUCAUUCACCUCUACCAGUUACCUCAAGGUCCACCAGCGUUCUCACACUAAGGAGAAGCCCUUUCACUGUGGUGUGUGUGGUAAGAGCUUCAGCUACUCAGGGAAGUUUAGGGAACACCAGCGGAUUCACACAGGAGAGAGACCUUACCGCUGCUACGUGUGUGGUAAACGCUUCAACCAGUCAGCCCACCUGAAGGCCCACCUGAGGGUACACACAGGGGAGAAACCCUACUCCUGUCCUGUCUGUGGGAAAGGAUUCAGUCAGUCUGGACAGAUCAAGGGACACCUCAGAACUCACAUCCAAGGGAGGUAGAAUAAUAAUAACUUGGAGUGGAAAGAGCCCAUUAGUGGAUAAACAGUAACCUCGGAAGCCGCCUGAUCUCACAAGCUUACAUGAAUGGUUCGCUACCACAGAAUCAGUCUGGUAAUUACGAGGCUUGAUAGACAGAGCCUUCUGUUCUCAAAGUGCCCAGCAUUUGGGAAGAGAAAGAAAGAAAUACAUUUCUUAUUUUUAGUGCUACUAAUUCUACAGUAACAGUACCUCAAAGUAUUCACACCCCAUGACUAAUUCCACAUUUUGUUACAGCCUGAAUUCAAAAUGGUAAUUACGAGGUUAGAUGGAGCCUUCUGUUCUCAAAAUGCCCAGCGAUUGGGAAGAGAAAGAUAUAAAGACAUUUAUUUUCAGUGCUACAAAUUUCACAUUUAAUUGUAAGACUAGAGGAUUAUAGAAUGUGUGAUUUAAUUUAUUUCACCUUUAUUUAACCAGGUAGGCUAGUUAAGAACAAUUUCUCAUUUACAACUGCGACCUGGCAAAGAUAAAGCAUAGCAGUGUGAACAGACAACACAGAGUUACACAUGGAGUAAACAAUGAUGUGUUUUGGACCCAUAACUGAGGCACCGUAUAUCUGAAUUUAUUUAAGAGAGCUUCUUAAUAACAUGCUAUGAAAAGACUGGGCUCAUCCCCUGUAUUGCUCGGUGACACUAACUAUGUUAGAGAGUAAUAUAAUGUUCAUUUUGGUGUUAUCUCCCUUGAUUUCCUCUUGAUGAUUCCAGUUGGAGCUGAUUGGUCUUCUUGCAAAUAAACUAACUCUGUCAUAUUGAUUAA